UUCUUACAAAUCAGAUAUGACAGGGCCAAGAAGUUUCAUUAAUGUGAUUGAAACAACAGGGUCCAGGCGUUUCAAGGCAAAGAUUUUUCCAGGAGGUGAAGCAGGAAGCGAUAGUCAUAGAAAGGAGGAAAUUAAGCAGUAUUUUAGAGUCUUUCUGUGGAGUUUGGUUUUCACUAUUCCGGUGUUUUUAACCUCCAUGGUGUUCAUGUAUAUUCCUGGAAUUAAGCAUGGCCUAGAAACUAAAAUAGUGCAUAAUCUCAUGAUUGGGGAGCUCAUGAGGUGGAUUCUGGCCACUCCGGUGCAAUUCAUUAUAGGCCGGAGGUUCUAUACUGGGGCAUACAAAUCACUACGGCAUGGUUCUGCGAAUAUGGACGUGCUGAUCGCAUUAGGAACAAAUGCAGCCUAUUUUUAUUCAGUCUACUCGGUAGUGAGAGCUGCUACCUCUCCAGAUUUUAUGGGUACUGAUUUCUUCGAGACUAGUGCCAUGCUUAUUUCAUUCAUUCUUCUUGGAAAGUACCUAGAGGUAUUAGCUAAGGGGAAGACAUCAGAUGCCAUUGCCAAACUGAUGGACUUGGCACCUGAAACAGCAACAUUAUUGGUACUAGACGAAGAAGGAAAUGUGAUAAAUGAAGAGGAAAUUGAUAGUAGGUUGAUACAAAAGAAUGAUAUCCUUAAAAUUAUUCCUGGGGCGAAAGUAGCUUCAGAUGGUUAUGUUACAUGGGGGCAAAGCCAUGUUAAUGAGAGUAUGAUAACGGGCGAAGCACUGCCGGUCGCAAAAAGAAAGGGUGAUUCAGUCAUUGGAGGUACUUUGAAUGAGAAUGGUGUCCUACAUAUCAAGGCAACUAGGGUUGGUGCAGAAAGUUCCCUUUCGCAAAUUGUACGGCUUGUUGAGUCAGCUCAGAUGGCCAAAGCUCCUGUACAGAAAUUUGCUGACCGCAUUUCCAAAUACUUCGUGCCACUGGUGAUCCUACUUUCAUUCUUGACCUGGCUUUCCUGGUUUUUGUCUGGAAGAUACCAUGGCUACCCUGAAUCUUGGAUACCAUCUUCCAUGGAUAGCUUUGAGCUUUCUCUCCAGUUUGGAAUCUCUGUCAUGGUUAUAGCGUGCCCUUGUGCUUUAGGCCUAGCAACUCCCACAGCUGUCAUGGUUGGAACUGGAGUAGGCGCAUCUCAAGGUGUGUUGAUCAAAGGAGGCCAAGCAUUAGAAAGUGCACAUAAGGUGAACUGCAUUGUGUUCGACAAGACAGGGACUCUCACAAUUGGAAAGCCAGUGGUUGUUAACACACGACUCCUGAAAAAUAUGGUGCUGCGAGAAUUCUAUGAACUUGUUGCUGCAGCUGAGGUGAACAGCGAACACCCGUUGGCUAAGGCCAUUGUUGAGUACGCCAAAAAGUUCAGAGAAGACGAAGAGAAUCCUGCCUGGCCAGAAGCAAAAGACUUUGAAUCCAUUACUGGUCAUGGGGUGAGGGCCAUUGUUAGGAACAAGGAAAUAAUUGUUGGCAACAAGAGUUUGAUGGUGGAGCGCAACACUGCGGUUCCAAUUGAUGCAGAAGAGAUACUUGCAGAAGCUGAAGGACUUGCUCAAACUGGGAUUUUAAUAGCUAUAGAUGGAAAAGUGGCUGGAGUUCUGUCCAUAUCUGAUCCACUGAAACCAGGUGCUCAAGAAGUAAUUUCCAUACUCAAGUCUAUGAAAAUUAGAAGCAUAAUGGUGACAGGUGACAAUUGGGGAACUGCAAAUUCUAUCGCUAAUGAAGUUGGAAUUGAGACCGUUAUAGCAGAAGCCAAACCCGAUCAGAAAGCAGAGAAAGUGAAGGAAUUGCAGGCUUCCGGCAACAUCGUGGCAAUGGUGGGAGAUGGAAUCAAUGACUCACCAGCACUUGUGGCAGCGGAUGUAGGAAUGGCAAUUGGUGCAGGAACAGACAUUGCCAUUGAGGCAGCUGACAUUGUUCUAAUGAAAAGCAACUUGGAGGAUGUGAUAACUGCGAUUCACCUUUCCAGGAAAACUUUCACCCGUAUCCGUUUGAACUACAUUUGGGCUUUGGGAUACAACGUUCUUGGCAUUCCAAUAGCUGCAGGAGCCCUUUUCCCAUAUACUGGAUUUCGUUUACCACCAUGGAUUGCUGGAGCUGCAAUGGCUGCUUCUUCGGUCAGCGUUGUUUGCUGCUCUCUGCUGCUGAAGAAUUAUAAAAGGCCAAAGGUUCUGGACAACUUGGAGGUACGCGGAAUAAGUAUUGAGUGAUUGAUUAGGAGCCUUUUAAUUCUGUUGUGUGUACGCGUGGAGGACUCAAGUUCGAGUAAUUUGAGUAGUGGUUUGGCUGCAAUAGCAAAUAUGUAAUCAUUUAGGUUGUUUACAUACGUUCUGUAUAUAUAAGCGUAUACGUAUGCAAGUUUCGUUAGAACA